AUGCUGGAAUCUCGAGUGCUGCGAGUUGUGCCGCGUCUGUCGACGUCAUCGAGGCACUUUGCAGCAUCAGUGUUGCAGAAGAAGACUGGAAAUAUAAGCAAAAAUGAGAGCAAGUUUUCUCGAUAUGCUGGCAUGGCGUUUUUUGGCACUUUGACGGCUACAACAGCGUACUUGGGCAUGUGGCAGACCGAACGCUACUACUGGAAGGUGGAUCUGAUCAACAAGCGCAUCAAGGAACUAUCAGAGUCUGUUGCGGAACUACCGAAGACCGCAAGAGCGAGCGAUGUCAUAGAUGACAUUGAAUACCGCCAACUUCACCUUGAAGGGCAUUUUAAGUCUGGAAGCACUUUUUACUUAUAUCCUCGCUCUGCCCCCGCUGACCCUAGUGAUUCGUUUGCAAACGUGAAAUCUGGUGGUUACAUAUAUUCGCUAUUGGAACGAGACGAUGGAACUCCUGUGAUCGUAAACCGAGGUUGGCUUCCGCGCAAUCUCUUGGAAGCGCAUAUGGCACUGGAGAAGAAAGAGGAUGACGGAAAUGUGUCUUUCGUCGGUGUACUUCGUCACGGUGAAGUGAAAAACAGCUUCACUCCUGAUAACGAUCCCGACAAUCGACAAUUUUACUACUUGAACCAUGAAGAACUAGCUGAUGCCAUGGGCGUCAAGUCGGCAGACUUGCCUGUCAUUGUCGAUGCUUUGGCAUCUGAGGGCGUGACUGAAGUAACGCUGGAAAGUCCCGUUCGAAAGAGCAUUGCAUCAUAUUUGGAGUUCUACAUGACCCCUGAGAAACAUGCUGGAUACGCCGCAACCUGGUUUGGUUGCAGCAUUGCAGCUGCAGUUAUGGGCAUUCUACGCUUCAAAAAACGAGGCAUUCGUACCCCAAAGUUUGAGCACCGCUAA